AUGUCCACUCGAAAGAUAAUUAGCAGGGUGACAAACAAUUUCUCUCGAGAACUCCCGGAAGAUAUUAUGCUAUUGAUUCUACGACGACUCUACUCAUCUGAUUACUUCCGGUGUCGUGCAGCAAGUCGAUCUUGGCUAGCAACCAUUGAUAGGGCAAUUGCCAGCAAGACUUCUCUUCCUUCUCCUCAACUUCCAUGCCUUAUGUUUCGUUCUGGUGCCGAGGAAGAAGAUCAUUGCUUUCUGAGUCUAAGCGAGAACCACAAAGUUUACAAAUAUUCGAGUCCCGCUUAUGAUAUGAAGAACCUGGAAUGUGUUGGAUCAACCGAGGGGUGGUUGAUCAUGGUCGACCAUGGUGGUACUAGUGUUGCCAACUUUUGCUUGAAUCUAAUAUCAGGUGCGAGAGUCAUGCUUCCACCACAAACCACCAUUCCAUGCAUCGGCGACGACAACAAACAAGCUUCCUUCGUCAGUAGAGUGAUAACUUCUUCAGCUCCGACAAACCCUAACUCAUGCCUUGUGGCUGCAGUUCACUCACAUUGUCGUGGUUUGGCUUUCUGUAGACCUAGUGACAAAUCAUGGACCCUCAUUACGGUUGUUGGGUAUAGAGAUAUUAUUGUUCAUGAUAUAGAAAUAAUUGAUGGGAAUUUAUAUAACUGCGGAUUCGGAUAA